CCGCAACACGAGCAGGAGUUAAGGUGCCAUGGACGAACGUGUUUGUUCCUGAAGGAAAAGGUACAUUGGAGACCAAGAAAACUUUGUUGCACACAAUAACAGAGAAGACCGUUGGGCCUGUCGCAAACCGAAGAGGAAAUGUUGAAGAUUUCUCAGUCGAAGUGAGAAUUAAAUAAUUCAACAUGAAGAAACUGAAGACCAAAAUUGGCCCGUGUGCUGCAGAAGAGGACAGGGAGACCAGCAUUAAAGGCAUGCAGGAUGGAGAUGAGCAGGCGCAUGCCAGAUUGACCAGGGACAAGAACAAGAUCAGCAAAAAGAAAUCGAGUGCUAGAAACAAGAAGCCAUAUGCUAGACUGCUCAGUGAUGUGAGCGAGGUCAGCAAGAACAUGCAUGCUGCAGAAGAAGAUGAAAUCUUCAUCUCUAGGCCCAAGGGAGAGGACGAGGACAAUAGCGAUGAAGAAGGAGAUGAAGGAGAUGAGAAGGCACAUGCCAGACUGCUCAAUGACAUGAGCAAGAUCAGCAAGAAAAAGAAGCAAGCAGCUAAACGAGAAGUUCGUACAACAAUUGGGACGGUAACAGAAGAAAUUAAGGCUGAGGAUCUCAUGAACCGAAUUGGAUCCUCACUUCUUAGCCAGACAAACAAGAAAAUUAAAGCUACACAAAAACCUCUUGAGAAACAUGUUGCUCGGAGGGUGAAACGAGCUGCAGGCUUUGAGGAUGUGGAGAUGGAAGUGAGCAAGUGGGCCAAGGUUGUAGAACUGCGCCGCCAAGCCGACACACUGAGUUUCCCACUCAUGAAGAAAAACACUGGGCUUAGCACAGUGGACAAGGUUGAGCCGCCAAAGUUGAAGACAGACUUAGAGCAUGAGGUUUAUUCCCUCCUUGAGGGUGCAAAGUUGGUCAAGAAGGAGGAAACAGCAAGGGAGAAAGCCAUAAAACAUGCCAUGUCCCUUGAGGAGGUGAAGGAGAGAAUGCGUGCACUGUGGCGUGAAAAAGAAAUGAAACACCGCUAUGAAGAAAAGGCUCGUAGACAGAACCAGAGCAAGAGCAAGAAACACCACCGAAUUCUCCGUCGUGAGAAGUUGAGGAAGCAGAAGACAGAGCUACAGGAGCUGCACAAGAAGAACCCUGAUGCAGCUCUGGAGAAACUGCAGGAGAUGGAGUUGCUGCGCAUCCAGGAGAGAAUGAGUCAACGCCAUAGGUCCUCCAAGUGGGCCAAGUUCCAAGGGCUACGAGCAACCAGAGACAAGGAGGCCAUGGCAGCACUACAGGAGAAUGCUAGGAUGCACCGAGAACUAAAGAUGAAAAUUAACAAGAAGGAGGCCAGUGACAGUGAAUAUGAUAGUGGAUCUGAGCAGCAAAAGGAGGAGGCCAUUGCUGCAGGAACGUAUGACCCAAUGAAUCCUUGGACAUCCAGCCUAGCCAAGAGGUCACAGGCCUCACAGGACAUGCUGAGCAUGGAGGAGGGGGAUACAAGCUUUACUAAGUUCAAGAAAUUUUGGGAUGAAGUGAACAGAAGGAAGAUAGAAGAAAUAAAAGCUCAGGCCAUUGCAGAGGCAAGAGAGCAAAAGAGAAGGAUGAGAAGAAGAAAGAGGAGGCAGAGGAUUCAGAAGUGGAGUGUGAGGAAAGUGAAGUGGAUCAAGAUGAAACCAAUAAGAACUCAGAGAAUGGGGAAAAUACUGAUCAGCAAAAGUAUUGACUACAUGUUCAGUAAAGCUGAAGUCAGCUUGAAAAAGAAAAUGAAAAAAGAGUUACAGAAGCUUGGAAUUGAAAGUACAGAAGGAAAAGAGUGGACAAAAGUGAAGAAAAAGAAAGGUGCAAAGAUCAAAAGCAAAAAGGCAGCUGUUGUAGAGGAAUUUGACUUCUCAUGCAAGAGGACUGAAGACAACACUGAUGAGAGACUGGAGCGAGUCAGGACCUUGGAAGAGGCUGAAGAGCUUGGGCAGCGGAAGGAAGCCACAGACAGCAUUCAGGAGGCCUUUCAAACCCUGAAGAAGGGUGAGGCCAAUGGAAAGGCCAAGGGUGUGAAGGAAAGUGGUGUCUCUUCAGGGGACAAUAUAGAGGAAACUAAGAAGGUUGACAUCGACCCCACAAAAUUUAUUCAGGUGAAGAGCGAGAGACUGCACACAGCAAUGCCAAACACCAUGACUACAGAUAAUGAUGCCCUUGAUGAUAGCGACGAAGAUGAGAAUGCAGAGGAUGUCAUUCGUGAAGCUUUCGCUGACGAUUAUCUCGUCGACGAAUUUAAAUCAGCAAAGAAGGCAGCGAUUGAGGAGUCAGAGCCAAAGGAGGUGAGCCUUGUCCUGCCCGGCUGGGGGGAAUGGACAGGGCCCAACUACAAGGUAUCAUUUAAAAAGCGGAGAAAAUUCAGGAUACCAGUUGGGAAAAAGGUUCGGAAAUUUGAAUCUGUUGGCAAUGUUAUAUACAAUGAGUCAGCAGAUGUUCACCAGAAUUUACGAAAGGCAAUGGUAUCACAACUUCCAUAUCAGUUUACAUCAGUAAAAGAUUUUGAAGCAUCAGUUAGAGCUCCUGUUGGCAGAACAUUUGUCCCAGAGGCAGUACACAAAAAGCUGACAGCUCCUGCUGUCACAACGAAGAAGGGAACCAUCAUUGAACCCAUGACAGAAAAUGAGCUCCUUGCCUUGAGAAAGGAAAUCGGUGUCAAAAAAUGAGCCUGUGAAUAAAACCAAGCUAAGUUGCCCAACAAGAACUGAAGAACAAUAGAAAAAUAAAGAAAGAUGGAAAAGAAAAGUAUCUGAGCAAGUGAGGAGUAGAAAUGGAAGAAAAAAUCAAAGGAAGAAACAGAAAGGAGUCAACAGAAACCCUCCAAGGAAAAUUGAGCUCAUCGAAUGUGAAGUCCCAAACUCAUUUCUGUGUGUUGAAAGGAAAUACUGUUGACAAGUUGAUGAUUUAUCCUGUUGGUAAUUCUAUUAUAUAUAUUCUUGUUAAGUACUUUAUUACUGCAUAGGCCAGGGACUACAAUGGUUAUGUGUAUUUUCUUGGAAAUAGUAAAAGAUUUGAAAUCAGUAA